ACCCACCAAGUUUCUGAAGCUCUUCGGUUCAUGAGGGCUCGAGAGAUGGAAAUAAGCGAGAGCUCAGUAAAUAAUUAUAAACAAAAUCCAGAUACCAAACCCGAAGGAGAUGUGUUGGAGGCACGGAGAACCAGAGGAGCAUCACGGAGGAGUAAUAGAAGAGUGAGUGUGUUUGAUUUAGAAGCUGAGGAGACAAAAGGGUUUAUAGAUUUAGGUUUUGUCUUCACAGAAGAAGACUUGAACUCGGAGUUGUCGGAGAUUCUUCCCGGACUGCGGACGUUUCUCCACCGGGAAGAACAGAGUAAGAAAGAUUCGUCGGUUCCCAGACCAUACUUGUCGGAAGCAUGGGAGUUUCACAGUGAUAAAUGGAGUGGAAGAUCAGAGAAGGUUUCAAUGGAUAUAGAUUUGAGAAUGGCUAAGUUAUGUGGUGACAGGUACAUGAAAGAUAGUCUUAAAUGGUGGGCUCGUUCUGUAGCUUCUAAUCUCAAAUGAGAUCCAAUCUUAUUUUACCUUUUUUUUUUUUUGAACACACCAAUCUUAUUUUACUUAUUCUUCAUUAAUCUUUGGUAGUCUCUAUUAAUCUUUAUUAUUACUAUUGUUUUGAGUUUUCUAUAUAGAAAUUUCUAGAUUAGUCUUUUGAGAUGUUGAGCCCAAAAAAAAAUUGAUUUAACGCACAAGACCAACUUGUGGUUAAUCUCUCUAUUAGAAUACAUGUUGGUUUAAGAUGCAAGAAUGUAAAACAAACACUUUUUGGUCAAGAAAACAAUGUGAUAUAUUAUUGGAGACGA